GAUUGGAUGGAAAUGGGAAAGUCUAGGCUUUAUCGAUUUCACUUUGAGGGCCUAAAUUUUGCAAUUUAUUUCAAAUAAGUCCACUCUCCUUCUCCAUCUCUUUCUUCGGCGAACUCCCGGCAUUCUCCUCCGAAAUCGAGCCACAAUGAGGGGUAUGCUUUGACUUGCUUCAAUCAUACUCCCUGCAAGCUUUUUCUUGAUUACAUAUUCAGAGUUCAUUCGAGUUACACAUUUUCCGCAAUGGGGCGUUUAAGGCUACAAUCUAGUAUCAAGGCAAUUGAAGAGGAGCCAGAAGAUUGCGAGACCAUCUCUUCCAUUAAAACUGAUAUAGCUUGUGUGGUUAACUCUGAAGUGAGUGCUGUUUUAGCAGUCAUGAGAAGAAAUGCGAGGUGGGGUGGUCGUUAUGUAUCUGGGGAUGAUCAACUAGAGCACUCACUCAUCCAGUCUCUGAAGACUUUACGUAAACAGAUAUUCUCAUGGCAGCAUCAGUGGCAAUCCGUCAGUCCAGCCUUAUAUCUCCAGCCAUUUCUGGAUGUUAUUCGAUCUGAUGAAACUGGGGCACCUAUCACUGGUGUUGCAUUGUCUUCUGUCUUCAAAAUUUUGAGUCUUGAUAUUCUUGAUUGUAAUACUGCCAACGUUGAAAAUGCCAUGCACUCUGUAGUGGAUGCUGUGACCAGUUGCAGAUUCGAGGUAACUGAUCCUGCGUCAGAAGAAGUUGUAUUGAUGAAGAUACUUCAAGUACUUUUGGCAUGCAUGAGAAGUAAAGCAUCAGUUGUGUUAAGUAAUCAGCAUGUUUGCACCAUAGUCAAUACGUGCUUUAGAGUAGUUCAUCAAGCUGGAAGCAAGAGUGAGCUCUUACAGCAGAUAGCACGUCACACCAUGCAUGAACUUGUGAGAUGUAUCUUUUCACACCUUCCGGAUGUCGACAACACUCAACACUCUAUAGUUAGACGAGGCAGUUCCACCCAAAAUACGGUAUUGGUGCAUCCUCUUUUUUUUUUUUUUUAAUUAUAUGUAUCUUGAACUUAUCCUUCCUGCAGUAUGUACCAUUCUUCUUCCUGGUUUGGGAAAUAAUGAUCCAUCAGAAUUGUCUACAUUCCCCUCUUAGAGUGCAAAAUCAUUAAGAAAGGUAGUAAACAAAUGGUGUUAUAAUUCUUCUCAUGAUCCAGUUUCACUUAUGGGUAUCAUUUGAUAAAACAAUAUUUUUUUGUGUUGGCA